UUGACAUUCUCCCGCGGACGAACUCAAGGCAACGCAGAAGGAAGGGGUUGGGGAACAAAAAAAAAAGGCACGCGCUAUUGUUCGGCCAUUGUUAGGCAUAUUGGAAGGAUGAGCGGGUUUUCGGUGAGUGCACACAAGUCAGAAGUUGCCACAGCGAGAGGCGCUGGCCGUCCAAGUCGUCCCGUUCGCUGUCGUCUUGAUUUCGUCCUGGAGCGAAGCCAUUAUUGACAACUGAUAAGGGAGAGGCAGCGCAAAUCAACGCUCACACACACGUCUGUAUAUUUAUGGAAGACGAUUGCGAUAUUCUGUGCAGCAUCUUGGCUCCAUCGUCAGCAGCAGCAGCAGCAGCAGCAGCAGAGCCUAAGUGAUAUACGCGAGUGAAUGUGUGUGGAGUGUGUCAGCUUGCAAGAAGAAAAAAAAAUAAGGGAGGAGGCCACACAGGGACAACGCGAACGUGAAGGCAACUCGAGAAGGGCAAACGAGAAGGAGAAAUUUUCGCCUUUCAACUUUCCAUUCUCGAGGUAUACAAAAGAGUUUCCUUUUUCUUCCCCCAACGAAAACCGUGCACAAUACCUCGCGAUCGGUGGGUUGAAUUCCGUUCACGCCUAGAGCCAUCCAUCUCGGGAAUAGUGCUGCUUCUUUUUCUGGAGUGUGGUUUUUCCGAAAAAAAAAAUGGUUGUGAAAAAUGUAAUCGCAGCAUAGUUGGUGGAUUCCGCAGUGGAUUGCCUUCGGGAGAGUGAGUGAGCGAAGCAGCGAAGAUGAAUUUGUAAAGUGAAAAAGGAAAUACGCCCAUUUCUGAUACUUCCGUUUUCGCCUGUCUCGUUACGGGCGGAUGCUGGAUGCUCUGAAUAUUGGAUGCCAAAAAUAGGUGCCGUUGUGUUGUCAAAUGAUAGUGGGAAUCAAAUUAGCAGGGAAAAUGAGUUUAAUGCAUGCUUCCGUAAUACUGCUGCUGCUUGGUUGCCUCAUUUCGGGUGUCGAAGUGAAGAGCUACAAGGCGUCAUCGAAUCGGGGCAGUGGUAUCAGCAUUGGUGGCAGCAGCAGCAGCAGUAGCAGUGGCAGUGGUUCUGGGUUGGGCAGUCCUCGUCGACGGAGUCAGCUAAAUGUUGGCCUUCUGGUUCCCCAUACCAACUUUGGUCGACGGGAUUAUCUCCGUUCGAUCAAUACCGCGGUGCUUGGUUUGCAGAAGGGGCGUGGACCGAAGCUGACCUUCCUGAAGGACCAUGAUUUUCAAACAUCCAACAUACACUUUGACAUGAUGUCACUCACGCCAAGUCCGACAGCGAUUCUGAAUACACUGUGCAAGGAGUUCCUCCACGCGAACGUUUCCGCCAUCCUGUACAUAAUGAACUACGAGUCGUACGGCCGCAGCACGGCCUCGGCACAGUACUUCCUGCAGCUGGCGGGGUACCUUGGCAUCCCUGUCAUCUCGUGGAACGCGGACAACUCGGGCCUCGAGCGGAGGGCUUCCCAGUCGACGCUACAGCUGCAGCUAGCGCCCAGCAUCGAGCACCAGAGUGCUGCCAUGUUGAGCAUUCUAGAACGCUACAAAUGGCACCAGUUCUCGGUGGUGACAUCGCAGAUUGCCGGCCACGAUGACUUUGUGCAGGCCGUCCGGGAACACGUGGCCGCGAUGGACCACUUCAAGUUCACCAUCCUGAACUCGAUCAUCGUGUCCCGGCCGAUCAACCUGGUGGAGCUGGUGAACAGCGAGGCCCGGGUGAUGCUGCUGUACUGCACCAAGGACGAAGCGGUGGACAUCCUGAAGGCGGCCGAGGAGAUGCACAUCACGGGCGAGAACUACGUCUGGGUGGUGACGCAGAGCGUGAUCGAGAACAUGCAAGCGCCGGCCCAGUUCCCGGUGGGAAUGCUGGGGGUGCAUUUCGACACCUCCUCGGGCGCCCUGCUGAACGAGAUCUCCAAUGCGAUCCGGGUGUACGCGUACGGGGUGGAGUACUACUUGAGUGAUCCGAAGAACGCCGGGCGGGGACUGGACACGCAGCAGCUGUCGUGUGAGGAUGAAGGCCAGGGACGGUGGGACAAUGGGGAGGUGUUUUUCAAGUACUUGCGGAACGUCUCGCUAGAGGGCGAGCCGAACAGGCCGAAUGUGGAGUUUACGACCGAUGGGGAUCUCAAGUGGGCCGAGCUGAAGAUCAUGAAUCUGAGGCCGAGUGUGAACAGCAAGGGGCUGGUGUGGGAGGAGAUUGGGAUGUGGAAGUCGUGGCAGCAGCAGAAGCUCGAUAUUAGAGAUAUAGCGUGGCCGGGGAACUCGCAUACCCCACCACAGGGUGUACCGGAGAAGUUUCAUCUGAAGAUCACGUUUCUGGAGGAAGCGCCGUAUAUUAACCUCUCGCCGGCGGAUCCGAUUAGUGGGAAGUGUCUGAUGGAUCGGGGUGUGUUGUGUCGGGUGGCGGCGGAUCACGAGAUGACGGAUAUCGAUAUGGGACAAGCGCACAAGAAUGGAUCGUUUUAUCAGUGUUGCAGUGGGUUUUGUAUCGAUCUGCUGGAGAAGUUUGCCGAGGAGUUGGGCUUCACGUACGAGCUAGUGCGGGUUGAAGACGGCAAGUGGGGCACGCUGGAGAACGGGAAGUGGAACGGACUGAUUCAUGAGCUGGUGAACCGGAAGACGGAUAUGGUGCUGACGUCGCUGAUGAUCAAUGCCGAACGGGAAGCGGUGGUGGAUUUUAGUGAGCCUUUCAUGGAGACUGGGAUUGCGAUUGUGGUGGCGAAACGGACCGGGAUCAUCUCGCCUACGGCGUUCUUGGAACCGUUCGAUACGGCGUCGUGGAUGUUGGUGGGAAUCUUUGCCAUUCAGGCGGCGACCUUUAUGAUUUUCCUGUUCGAGUGGCUGUCGCCGAGUGGGUACGACAUGAAGACGGUGCUUCAGAAUGCGAACAACACUCCGUAUCGGUUUUCACUGUUCCGAACUUAUUGGCUUGUUUGGGCGGUCCUCUUUCAGGCGGCGGUUCAUGUGGAUUCACCGCGUGGGUUCACGUCCCGCUUCAUGACCAACGUGUGGGCUAUGUUCGCCGUGGUGUUUCUUGCUAUCUACACUGCCAACCUGGCGGCGUUCAUGAUAACCCGGGAGGAGUUCCACGAGUUUACCGGCCUGGAUGACAUGCGAUUGUCGCACCCGUUCUCGCACAAACCGACCAUACGGUUUGGGACGAUACCCUGGAGCCACACUGAUUCCACCAUUUCCAAGUACUUCAAGGAGAUGCACUACUACAUGAAGCAGUACAACAAAAGCAGCGUGGCCGAUGGCGUGACAGCGGUUCUGAACGGUCAAAUGGAUGCCUUCAUCUACGAUGGGACGGUAUUGGACUAUUUGGUGCAACAGGAUGAGGACUGUCGGUUGCUAACCGUGGGACAGUGGUAUGCGAUGACCGGUUACGGGUUGGCUUUCAGCCGGAACUCGAAAUAUGUUGAGAUGUUCAACAAGCGACUGUUGGAAUUCCGUGCCAACGGUGAUCUGGAGCGGCUGCGGCGGUUUUGGAUGACAGGAACUUGUCGGCCCGGUAAACAAGAGCACAAAUCCUCCGAUCCGCUCGCCCUCGAACAAUUCUUGUCCGCUUUCCUGCUGCUGAUGGCCGGCAUCCUACUAGCAGCACUCCUACUUCUUCUCGAGCAUCUGUACUUUAAGUACUUCCGCAAACGACUGGCGAAAAAGGAUCGUGGCGGUUGCUGUGCACUGAUCUCGCUAUCGAUGGGUAAGUCGCUCACGUUUCGGGGAGCGGUCUUCGAGGCAACGGAAAUCCUACGACGGCACCGUUGCAGUGAUCCCCUCUGCGAUACCCACCUGUGGAAGGUGAAGCACGAACUGGACAUGUCACGACUGCGGAACAGUCAGCUCGAGAAGGCGCUCCACGCACACGGUAUCAAACCGCCCCAGAUCAAGGUGGCUGCCUCCACGAACGACAUCAUCGGGACGGGUCGACGGGAACAGCUGAACCAACUGAACCAACGGUCCUCGCACGUGCUCGGAAAUCUGAGCCUCGGUGGGAGUGCCCAGGAUUUGUACCGCUGGUCGUACAAAACCGAGAUCGCCGAGAUGGAGACGGUGCUGUAAUUGGGGUUGGGGGGAGAACUAUAUAUAAAUAUGUAAGCCAACAAACAAACAAAAAAUGAAAUGGAAUUGUUCUAUGUGUAUACAAUCGUUACCACGCCACUAAACCACCCACCACAACAACCCCGGCAAACCGAUGGGUCCCUCUCCUGUGAGCUAAUUCUUGCCAAGUUUCAGCUGAGGGAACGAGACAAAUGCAGAGAGUCAUAAUCAUCCGUAUUCCGGAACCCGAACGAGUUUAGAGAUUUCGCAGUCCGAUCGAGAUCGACUUUUGUAUUCUAGAAUCCGUCCGAGAUUCAACCCCAUUCGAUGUAUGCAAAAGUGGUAACAUUGCCUUGACGCGAAACAAACGUCAAAAUAAGGUAAAUGAUGUUGGUUUGUCCGAUUUUGGGUGUUUUCACCCAACCAGUAAAUGCAAAUAGAUUUUUCUUCAUGGAAAUCACACGUUAUCAAGACGAAUUUGGGCUUGUUGAAACGUCCCAAGUCUAAUAAUACCAAUAAGACGUUCAAAUUGUUCAGUUUUUAGGUUUUCUAACGAUUUUCUUCAAAGAGAAAUUAUGAUUUUGGUUUGUCCGAAAACGAUCAUGGUUUGUCCGGUUUUAGGAAUCAUCAUUUUGAAUGGAAAAAAAAAUCGAAUUUUCAAGUAGAUGUUGCAUUUCUUAUUGCUUCAGUUUACUGUCAUCAUAUUGAUCUAUUCAUAAUUUAGAAUAUUGCCUUUCCUUGGACAUUUUAAAGGUGAACAGCACAGAGAACCUUUUUUUCAGUUUCCCGCGAAGGACAGCGAAGCAAAACAAACAAACUGCAGCGCACCAAGUGGUUGCCGUAGUAACCAUGAGGACAAACCAACACCAGUGAAUCAGACAAACGAUGAUCGGAAUUGAGGUCAUCGAGAUGCAUGAAUUACAUGAUUUAGAUAUAUAAAACAAAUGGUGUGCAAGCAUGAUGUUUACAAAAUUUGUAAGUGUUAUAAUCCCGAAAAGCGAAAAAAAAAGUACCACAUAAUCAUCUGGUGAUUGAUUAGAAGUUAGCUCAAAUGAGGGACGCAUUGACACCAAUAGAAGGUGGAUUUUAUAAACCUUUAAAACAUGUGAAUCCGUAAAAAUAUCCUAUGAGUAAAUUAUGAAAAGGACAAUUUUAUUUACGUGUUUUGAAUAAUUUGAAUACCUGAUUAGACACAGGUGCGCUGAACUAGAGCAUUCAAGAAAGUGGAUAAGAUCAUGUUUUCGACUGGACAAACCAACAUCAUUUACCUGAAUUCAUCCGCAUUCGUGAAGCUAUUCUCUAUCACAUUAACAUGCCCGAAUGCAGUUUAAAAUUGUUUAAGUAUGAAUGAAAAUUAUUACUUGGUGUUUUUCAAAUACUUUAAACACGUAUUUUUCACUCUAGCUUAACUAUUUUUUAGAAUAAUUUUCCUAGGAUUUUCGCUCAAACUUUAUCAAUCAUAUAAAAUCACUAUUUAGAUAGAUAGAAAGUCCCGAUGAUGGGAAAACUGACGAAAACAGGAUUUUCUUCAAAAAAAUAAAUACCCUGAGGACUCUAAUUCAUUGUAUACUUCAUACGAAAAUCUCAACAUCUAAUUCGCAUCUCAAAAGAACUAACGGAGAAUUUUUCCGAUGUUACCGAUAUCGCUCGGAUGGGGCCAGACAAAUUACGAGUUGUCGUCUCCAACCCAUCGAACAAAAUAAUGCGCUGCGAGCUUUUUACGAUAGAGUAUCGUGUAUACGUACCCUGUUGCAACCAGGGUCCAACAUUUUCGAAGACAAAACAUGAAAAUCGACACUCCUCCCAGUAGUUUCGCUUCGAGUAGGACUACUUCGGCAUUCCCCGUCAACAUGGCUAGUUCAUCAGUCACCCUCGCUCUUACCGCUCGUCAAUUCAUUUCUAGGAAAAUCAAUUCGAGCAAAUAGUUAUUCUAAUUGAAGUGACGAAUGAACUUGAUUUCAAUUCAUUCGACCUGACUUCAAAUUACCACUACAACCCCACCCUGACAUAGAAAAAGUUCGAUAUAACGUACAGAUUACUUUCGAAAUUAUACGAAUUCGAAUUGUACGUUAUAUCGAAGCAUAAUAGAGAACUCAGGAACAUAGCUUAUACUACUUUUUUUGUGUUGCUGUUUGAGGAGAAUGCGUAAAUAAUGAUGAAAAAGUUCAAUUCGCAGAUUUAAUGAAUUUUCGUACUUUUUUUCGGAUACCCUCCAUCAAAGUUUGAACUCGAGGGGGUCUCCGUAGCCACAUUGGUUGCGCGGUCGCUUAGUAAGCGAUCGAUCGUGAGUUCAAAACUCAGGGCCCCCAUUGACCAUCUUUGUGUUGUUACAGAAUAACUACGUCCACGCAACAAUCAUCAGCGAUGGAGAUCGAUCCACGGUCGAAAUAAGAUCGAUUCAUCCAUACAACUGUCCUGCUCUGCAAGAAACAUCGGGCUGCUGUUCUAUAAAUAACUCAACAAUGGAUCAACGACUGUCUCCGCUGUCCAGUCUUAACUGGAUAAUGGAAGAACAGAUAGAAAACUCUUACGCCUAAAUGGCUACUGUGUAAAUUUGUACCAUUUGCAAUGGUAUAGAAGGGAAUACUCUAACGCCGAAAAAUGGCAACUGUGUAAUGUGCUAAUUAUAGAUAUGAUAAAUAUGUGACAUGUACACGAUUAAAAUUCGGCUCUGUUACAGCUAAAAAAAUGCCAAUGAGCCUAAAAUAAACAAAAGGGAUAAAAAAAAAGUUUGAACUCUCUGUUGGUCAACCUCAGCGGCCAUUUUAUUCCACGAUCUCUUCAUGUCUGCAGCAUCCUAAGUCACUUUGACACAAAUUCCCCAAAUCCGCUUUACAAUUGCCCAAUAUUUUUUGAUUGGGCGAAAUUGGAGGCAAUUGGGAGGAUUGAGGUAUUUUUCAAUGUAAUCGAUCUCAUUGUCACAUUGUCACCACCGAAGCACCCACCGACUGUAAUGGCACCUUACCAAAUCUGGCCAAAAUUUCACUGGACGUUUAAGCAGGUACUCUCCCCUAUACAUUUUCGAGUCCUUUGUAUUGAAAACCUUUGUCCUCUUUCCACAGCUGCGUAUACCUUGCCAAAUCAAGAACUUUCUGGCAAAUUUAUAAGCUAAAACGAACUUAAAUGCCAUUCCAGAAUUUCUAACCUGGGAGCUGUCUAAAAUCCAUCUUCACGUACAUUUCGUCAUCUAUCAGCACGUAUCCUUCGUACUUUGUCAAAACCUUGUUGUAUGCUUACAUGCACAGAAAUUAUGAUAACCUUCUCACAUAUGGAUUCUCCGGAUGUGAACUUCGAUUAAAGUUGUGUUUGUGGCGAUGUCGUAGUCCUAGAGCUUGUAUUAAUUAUCUCAGCUUCCGAUCGAAUGUUCCACUAAGAUCCGUCCUCUGAACCAUCAAAACAACACUUUCAUGUUCACGAAAACAUUUCAGCACAUCAUAUACUGCCGAUUUGGCCACUAUCAGCGAUUUCGUGAUUUGAGUACUUGACAAAACGGAUCAACGUGAAAUUUGCAUCGUCGAAAGAUACAGGGAUCCCAAACAAUUUGCUGUCGAAAUAAUUGAGAUACGCCUACUACGACCGCUGGUAUAAAAUGAACUGGGAUUCCGGAUUCUAACUGAAUUAAACUUCAAGGGUAAAUAGGUAAAAUGACCGCUUGCACCUUUAUGUAAUGCAUGUAAUGCAAAAAUGCAAGUUUCAUAUGGAAGUCCUGAUACAGGUAAACUUCGAUAUAACGUACAUUUCAGUUUCAAAAUUGUACGUUGUAUCGAAUUGUACGUUAUAUCGAAGUAUAAUAAAGUACUCACAAACGUAGUCUAUAAUACAUUAUUGUUUUGCUGUUUUAGUAAAGUUAAUGAAUAACUUCAAUCAGAAGACGAAGCCAGCUUUUCUCAUGAUGUUUCCCUUCGUACUGUUGAUUAAACCUUGAUUCGUUUAGAAUCCGGAAUUACAAAACCAGCUGUAUUUCGGGAUUGAUUGAAGGUACAAUACUUGUUUUAGCAUUACAAUACAGAUAUUUCAUUGUUCUAUCAGAAAAAAAAUAUUGAAAAAAAAUUUCCUUUACAUUUUGGAAAUGUGUACGUGAUAUCGAGGUAAAAUGUACGUUAUAACGAGGGUACGUUAUAUCGAAGUAUCCCUGUAAUGGGUUAUGGUUUCAGACAUGAGCUUAUUUAGAAUGCACAAUACAUAAAUAUGUUGUUUUUAUGGGGUUUUCAAUUUAAAUGCCAUGUGACCUUUGAUGAACCUGUGGGAUUGGCAUGAAAUUCUCAGUAGGGGAAAUGGGGGUAAGACGGACAUGUUGAGAAGAACUUCAAUUGUAUCUUUGGAAACUCAUGUUUCCAAAAUUUUGAAAGCAGUUUCUUACAGUUCAAUAUACUGGUUUUCGAAAUAAUUGGCCAAAGGUUUUUAUGCAAAUGUGCAAAUGUGCAAUGCAAUUUUUUACUGAAAUUAAAACAAGCCGAAAAUUAGAACAUUUUUAUUGAUGCGGGUAUAAUGGACAUGUAGUGGUGGGAAUAUGGACAGGUUCAUAAUAUACAAAGCGUAGAAAUUUAUCGCUCGCGAGAGGAAUAAUUUUUCUCUCUCAGUGUUUGUGUGUCCAGUAACUGAAAUAGAACACAAAGAGAAAGCAAUAUAAAAAAAAUGAAUAUUCUUCCCUUCACUUUCCAUCAUGCAUUGGAUGUGAUUAUGGAUGUUACUGUCCAUUUUUUCGUUAUUUUUGGUAGAGAUUCUGUACGGUACAGAUUACAGGUUACAUAUUGGUACAGAUUUUUUGUAGUUUGUGAAAUUUUUCGCUUUUUUGGUCAGUAUUGUUACUUGAAAUCCCUGAAAAUGCAUGUCUUCGUAUAUUUAGAAUAUGUAUAAGCAUCAGCAGACACAUCUUCAAAUGCAUAUAAAUGAGUAUUUUUCAUACUUAAUGAGUUUUCUCUGCAACGAAUAUUUCAGAUGGUACAGAUUUUAGGUACAGAUUUUUUGAAGACAAAGUACAGGGGAAUUUUAUUUAACCCAUUAACAGAAAUUUGAAAUUCAUAAUGCAACUAUACAAAUCAACCUCCUGUCCAUUAUACCCCCACUGUUCGUCUUACCCGCGGUUCCACUACCUGUUCCGAAAAUAUUUUCUACACAUUGAAAAUGUGUCCGUUAUAAUGAGGGUACUUUAUUCUUGUUUGGUUGAAUAAAACACGUCUUGGAUGAACAAAUGAACAAUUACGAAUGAGGUAUAUUUCUGAUUAUUCUAAUGACAUAAAUAAUCCUAGCUUACUACGACCAUUUCCGUUUCUACAACAACAUUUAUAUCCAAGUUCCCAUGUAACUCGUUGUCUGCGUACACAAUCUUAUUUUAAGGUCCAUAUGAGGUGAAACGAAAACUUGAUUUCUGAUGCAAAAAGGAGUUAAACCUAGGGCACGGCAUAGUCAUAGUCAACUGAGGAUAGUCAGUGGACUAUGAAGAAAGUCCCAGUCGUAUUCAGUUGACUUUUGGCUUCUCCACGCAGUUUCUUCUUCAACAUGACUCAAUAGUCAGUCGAGCGUUUAGUCGCUAUCUCCCUCUACCGACUCGACUAUAUCAUUUCAUUCUUCCUCGUCAAAUUGCAGUUUGAAGUGACUCCUCUCAAAAUGAAUUCGUUUCUCUCUCUCUCAUGUAACAUGUAUGCACACUCUUAGGAAAAAUUGGUAUAUAUGUCGAUUUUUUUGGUAAACAUGGUUAGUAAAUUUUUGCAAUACGAAUUAUUCGUACAUAUCACGCGAUAACUUUGGUAAACAAAUGUAAAAUCGGCAAUUUUUUUUGGUAAAUAUUAUUGGUAAUAUGUAGGACUAAUUCGUAUUGCAAAAAUUGAAUAAUCAAUUUUUGCAAUACGAAUUAGUCCUACAUAUUACGCUAAAACAUUGGUAAACAAAUGUCAAAUCGGCCAGUAUAACCUCCGUCUAUAUUUACAGAAAAUAUGUAUGUUCAGUCCCUGAAGCGAAGAGAAACAUUGCAUCGCAAAUUCAUAUUCUUCAUCUUUUGUGAUUCUCCUGUCAGCUAGCAUAGCGGCAUAGCGGAAUGCAGCGAGAAGAAGAGAGUAUUUUUCCAUUCGUGAAACAGUGCACAUCAAAGUAAAACCAAAAUAGAAGCAGCACAAGAAACCUUGAAACGUGUUGGAACAUGUUUUUUCCUCCACCAUAUUUGACAGUGGAGAGUUGAGAUUUUUGUCAAACGUGAAUAAAGGACCAUGUGUGUUUGUAUGGUUUAUUCAUGUGGCAUCAUGCUGUUUCUUUGUGUAAUCAUGCAUACUAUUUCCUAGAAGUGUUUCCGCUGUGAACUUUGCAAGUUCAAGCGUCCAUUGGCACAUUUUCUCCAGUGAAACCGUGCACCAUCCGACCAGAGCCUCCGCUCUCGAGUUUAUCGAACUAACAAUGUACAUUCUAGUAAUGUUUACAUUACCAAAGAUUUGGCAGCUCUUUUUAGUAUCCCAUUUUCUGGGUGCAUGUAUUGACGUUUGAGUUCAACGUGGUUUGACAUAUACUGCACGUGAGCUAGUUUGUUUUGUAUCGUACACGAAAAUUACUCACACGUAUAAAAUAGCGUGCAAUGUUGUGCCCAAACUGCAUACAGCAUACAGCAUACAUAAUAAAUGUUCGUUGUUCGUUGGUUUGAGCUCACGGUAGGUAGACAAUUAACCGCCCAUUAAUGGUGUAACUACUUUUUUGCAUCAGAAAUCAAGUUUUCGUUUCACUUUAUGUGGACGUAAAAUAAGAUUGUGUACGCGGGUAAAGAUUAGUGUCAGGGGGAAAUAGAAGAGUGGAUUGAAGUCAGUUGAUGAAUUGGCAGAUUUGUAUUCAUUUGUCACGUCAAUUAGAAUAAGUAUUGACUAGAAUAAUUCAUCAGUCAUCCUCGCUCUCAACGCUAGUCAAUUCAUUUUGUAGUCUACUUUCUGUUGGCGGCGAAUACCGGAGUAGUCCUAGUCGAAACGAAGCUGCUGAGAGUAGAGUCGAUCUUCAUUUUUCACCUUCGAAGAUUUUGUGCCCUGUUUGUGAUUGUAGAAGCGUGUUAGGAUUUAUUAGUGUAAUGAUGGUGAUGUUUUAAAUAAUGGAGACUUUCUCAGACUCUCAAACUUUCUCAGUUCAUUCGGCUCAAGCCUUGAGAAAAGGCCAAUUUGGAAAACAAAACUAAACACUUGCCCUGGAGAAAGACCAUUUAGAUAGCCUCGUUAUCACUUGGUCGCUAGCAGGAUGACUAAUAGAUCGUGGAUGACUUAUUGGUGACUUUUUCCGUUCAAUCAAUCAAUUUUCGUGAAUUCGAGCAAUGUUCCGGUCAAAGUGCAACGCAUUUCAAGCCGGAUGUGAAGAAGGUAUUUUUCAAAGAUGAGAGCUGCGUUCAUCGGUGGAAAGCUCAAGGUAAAAUUUGUACCGCAGCGAUUGCUGCCGACGCCGCCACCGCAACACACACCCGAUUUGGUUCGGAUUUUCUGUUGCCAUUCUACGUGUUCUUUGAAGCGUUGUUUUUAUCGGUUACAUAUUACACUUUUGCAUAUGUCGAUUGGGUUUCAAUCUCGGAUGGAGUUUAGAAGUCGAUCUCGUUUGGGUUAGAAUGCAACAUCGUGCUAAUUCAAAACCCGAUCGGGUCCCGGAAUAAGACUGAACAUCUACACACAUACAACAGAUGAUACCGAACCGCCGAAUAUAAGUUUCCGAAUGGCCGGGGAGGAGCCACCUUUGACAGCUUGCCGGCUGUCAAAGUUCACGGAAGAUCGAUUGAACCUUUUCUGCAACGGUUUGCAAAGUAACAAAAGCUCCAUAACGCUACGUAACAAAACUGUCCACAAAUAAAUAGAAUGGAAAUGAGCGCAGAGAACGGAGAAUGUAAGGUAAGUGAAGCGGUGGUUAGAGUUAUAACGCGAGGGUUGGAGGAAUGUUAGAGGUAGACAAAACGAUGAAAAGAGACGUGAAUUGUUGCAUUUAUUUACUAGUUUUACUAUUUACCGUUAUUGUAACACAAAAAAGGUUUAUUAUAGAAUUAUUAUAUAUUCAGAAGACAAGAGAGAGAACAUUAAAAAACGCGAUAAACAAUUAUACAAACACUCGAUCGUUUGACGCGGUUCAAACGGGAAAGAAGACAGUCUAAAAAAGUCUAAUAGCUCGAGACAUUUUUACUUUACCAUUCGAAUCUAUACGUAUAUAAUCAUGUUUUACAGCUAUACACUUCCACUCAAAAACUGCGCUGACGUCUAACCCAACGAAAAUAUUUCCAUUUUUUUGUACCAACGUUACAAAACACAUAUUUACAGUGCAAAAUCAUAGUCUAAAAAGCAAUCAAAUUAGUUUUGUACACCUUUUCAUUUAUUUACAUCGUACGAAACAAAACCACGGAAUCGGCGCGGACACUGGAAAGUUGACGACGUCAAGUGAGCAAUGAAAGGCGAAGGGGAAGCGAAUAGCUGAGUUUACUAUUAUGAAAAUACUUCGACGUUUUACGCUUAUUACAAAUAUAUAUACACAAACACAUAUAGAAACAAACAAACAAAAAUAAGAAAAAAAGGAACCCCUUUGAAUGAGAUCUGCUCACACGCAAAAAUAGAAACAUCCGCGCAGCCCAAAAAAUUGAAAUCAAGACAAACCAACACACACACAAACACAGUAAAACAAAUACUAAGCAAAAUAAUUGAGUGGUUUUUAAUAUGAAAUUAAAGAUGGAAAUAAACAGUUAACUUUAUAGAAAACGUAUUAACAAAUGAGAGAAGAGAGAGAGAGAGAAAAAAUCGCCAAAAAAAGAAAAACAAAACAAAAGAACACAAACUAAUCUAUGAAAUUGCAUUUAAGCAUUUUGAAGAUUUCAAUAAACGUACAGGUUAUGUUUGGGGAAGCAAACAAAUAAAAAACCAAAAAAAAACUACCAGUAAAUACUUAUAGAGUCGAGGAGUAUGUGAGGUGAACACCUAAUUAUUAUAAAAUGGCCUAAUAAUUACCGGGGGAGAAGAUAGAAACCAAAGAAACCAUUUUUUUAAGAGAACAAAACGAAGAAGCAAAAAAGUGUAUAAAACAAGCGACUAGCGAACACAUAAAUGAGCAUGCGCGGACCGACUGACACGGAGAUUGAAACGAUGCAACCGAAAUCAAAAACGGACAGAAGAAAACACUAGAAAGAAAAACCAGCAUACAAAAACACAUCCAGAGAGAGAGACAGAGAAACUCUAUGGGAGGAUUUUCGUUGUUGUAGCUCGAAAUAAAACAAACAAAAAGCAGCAGCAUACAACAGAAAUGAGUUGCGUUACUAAGGGUGCGCAUACACUGUUUGACCGAAGCCAAAUAUUUGACUCUUUUUGACAGAUAAAAUUUGGUCAACGUGUACUGAUCAAAUAUAUUCUACACAAAACACGACAAGCAAAUAUUCUAUUAUUGGAUGUCUAAAAUAUUUUUUCAGUUUGUUCUUCGAACCUGUCGGUUUGGUACAUGGUUAGGUUACCUUGAAUAUUUCAGCGGAUUUUUUCCAUGUUCGGUGUUUGAAAUUGUUUACCACUGUUGAAAAUUGAAGAGUGGCAAACAAAAUAGUGUUUGUACAAAUAUCAAAUCAAACCUUAUCUGUCAAAAAAUAUCAAAUAUUUGACCUCCGGGCAAACAGUGUACGGCCACCUUAAAUAAAAAUUGGUUAACAUUUUUUAGAGCGAAGAAGGAGUAGGAAACGAGAGAGAGAGAGAGAAAGCGAGAGAGCGAUAGAGACAGAGAGACCUAUUUAUACAUAAAUUGACAUUUUAUUUUUGGAGGAAGGACAUACACGCGAACCCAGAGCUGCCCAGCAGAGCUGGGAACACUGUCAGUAGAGAAACAAAACGUUAGAUUCGGACAAUUUAACAAAGUAACCCAUGUUCGAUGAUAGUGAUGGGCAAAACUUAUACACAGAGGUAGAGAAGAAAAAGCGAUUGAUUAGCUGCGAAAUAAAAUAAAAUUCGGUUUCAUAAGUGUUCAUUACGGAGGAAGAUAAGGAAAACGCUAUGCUUGCGAAAUUAAAGUGAUAACAGAAAACUGUUCGAUUCCAGUGCGAUGAGAUCAACCGGUAUUAAAUACUUUAUUUGUAUACGUAAUAGUUGUUGUCAUGGUUUUGAUUAGCAUCUGUCACCUUGACGGUAUAUUCGAGAGCGUGACCGGAAAAACAUGCAAUAGAAAACAACUCCAACAGAAACAACCGCUCAGGAAAAGUGUAGUAAGCUAGAAAUAUUGUGGCGCGGGACAAACAUCAUGAGUAUAAAGCCUCACAGAAAACAGGCGUAAUAUCUAUUUCUAAUUUAUUCUGGGGUCAUUGUAAUGGGAGCGAAGUCCGCAUUCAACCAGGAUAAACAAUCGUUGCGGCUCAAGCCACCAAGAUGACGCGAUCCGAGUCGAUCGCCGACCCGCUGUCUGAAGCGGCGGUCUUUCACACGCAAAUCUGUGCUCCACUGAUUGCCCGGUUAGUUUGACACAUAGGUUACGAUCCUUCAGUAAGGUCUGACCGAGCUUUAGCGAAACUCUGACCUGCAAAAGCGUGGGGAAAACUGUUAAUGCCUAAUUUUGAUUGAGUCCGUCGGCGUUGAGUUGGGUUAGUUGUUAAUUGGUGUCUUCUCGGAUAUAGAAGCUGAGGAAAGAGCAAGCAUCACUUGGACAUUCAAGCUGGAACUUUUACGUGGAUGUUUAAAGGGAUUAAUCGCCAGCAUGUGUUGGAGCGGAGGGAAACGUGCGUGUACCAUCGAGGUCUAAUGUAAUCGCGACCUCGCGUGGUUUCCGAAAUUGCUGAUCGCUGAUCGUGUUUCUGGAAACUUCGCCAGGUUUCCAGUUUUCCGAAACAUAACUUCCCACCGUCGCGGUUGAAGUUCGAUAAAGAGUACGAUGAUGCUGCUUCCCAUGAAGAGAUUGCAUCUUGGUCAUAACAUUGUUCCUCCAAUGAAUCCGGUCCAUAGCCGGUUCGCUCGCUGGGCUCCUCUUCUAGUUCCCACCGGAUUCGAUGCGAACUCCAUCUUUGCAGGGUUGCUGUCCGGCAGUCUUGCAAUAUGCCCUGCAUAUUUUACUCGUCCAGCCUUAACGACUUUCUUGAUGCUGGGUUUGCCGUAAAGGGUGGAACGACCAAAAAGUGCUUAGACAAAAUAACGUUUAUAGUAUGUUUAUUCUUAAUUUAAAAAUUCAUGUUUUUUUCUUUUUGAAGUUCAUACAUUACUAAUUUCUGCUGUUUCAGGUGUUUCAGCAUUCAUCGAAGGGAGCAGUAUCCAAUUCGUCUACCGGUAACAUAGCGUUUGGCUCAGCACUACCUGUAUGGAGGCUGUGGUCGUUAAUGACACCGAUGUUGAAGAAGUAACUUCGCAUUCUCAAUUUACAUAUUCUUUCACUGAGUUCCCAUCAGCCAAUCACCUGUAUCUGCAUCUCCCUCAUCACGAUGAGUGCUGUAACCAGCUCGUUUGUGUUGUCGCAGUUCUGGUAGAUGGCAUAACCAACCUUGAAACGAUCGCAGAACUAAGAUGUUGAAAAUGCGGACUCGCAAUAUUUCGAAAAGAAUUCGAGUACUUGCAAGAAAGUUGAGAGACUUGCUGUGCUAUGUCACGCACUACGCAGCACUAUGUCUUUGGUACUUGUUCUUCGCUUGGGUUUGCUACGAUUGUUUUGUCUCGAGAUUCUUUGUGAAUUUGACCUUGCGUUUUAUUUUUACGGAUGGCCUGCAGGGAACUGAUUGGAGGACAUAUUGUAGUGGAUUGACCUCCGAUCAAAUUCGUCCCGUUCUGUCUCCUGUUCGCUAACCGUGUUUACUGUUCGCACAGUGUUUUUAUCCUUCCCCUUCCAUUCUCUUUGUUGACAUCGUGAGGGGUGAUCCAGACCAAGAUUAUUAUAUUAAGGUAAGAGGGGGACCUUAAUGAUUGAAAAUGGAACAUAACAUUCAAAUCGACGAAACUGACAACAAAUUAUCUUUGAGAAUGUCGUGCGUGAUUUGCAGAGUUUUAAACUAAAGAUAGUUCUUUUGUUGUUGGUUCAGCCGUCGAGCCUACAUAAACUCCUUGUCGCAAACCCGAGCAACAACACGCAGUGCUAGGAGCACUCAUCCUUUCGAUGUAAGGAAGAAAUAAAUGGAUGCACGGUUACGAAAUUCAGCUCAAAUUUGCUUUGUUCUAUUCAUCUGUAUUCAGCUAAUUCAACUUCUACGUGUUUUUUUCAUAACACUUGGUUCAGACUUGAUGUUCGUCCUUAACUUUUACAAUUCGAUCAACUUCUUUAUCUAGCAUUUGCUUCUUAUUCUCUUGAUUGGGUUUUAAUGAACUCUCGGUUGUAUUUAACCACCUUCCGGAUAUGAAUUUCCUUCCAUCGCCUGAUUACCUUGAUUCACUCCCUUCUACUAUAACCUCCUGGUUGAAUUCACUUCAAACUCCCAGCUUGAUUCAUUUUAACCUCUCGCUUUGAUUGAUUUGAAUCCCUCGGCUGGAUUCACUCCUAUAUCCAACCUCUCAGUUGAAUUUAAUUCAAUCUGCCAGUUGAAAUCACUUCAAUCUCUUUGUUGAACUCACUCCUGCCCUCCGGUUGGAUUCACUCCGGUCUCUCGGUUGGAAUCACUUCAACCUAAAGAUUGAAUUCAUUUCAUCCUCCCGGCUGGAACCAACUUCAACGUCAUUCUUCAUUGAUCAUUCAACAUUCUGUUCAAUCUCUAGGUUGAAUUCUCUUCAACAUCCCGGUUGAAUCAACAUCAACCUCCCGAGUGAAUGCUCUUCAUUGUCGUUCAAUCACUGCAAUCUUUCAGUUAGAAUCACCUUAGCCUCCCGAUUAAACAUUUCUUCCCGACUGAAAUCCCUUCAACCUCCCGAUUGCAUUCUCUCCGACCUCCCGGCUGAACUCCUUUCAACUUUCCGGUUGAAUUUCUCCUCCAAGCACCCGGUUGAAUCUCUUCUCCUAUCUUCCAAUCGGAAUCACUCAAAUCACCCGAUUGGAUUUAAUUCAUCCUCCCAAUUGGAAACACUGGAACCGUCUUCUGGUUAAAUUUUCAACAAUUUACGAUUGCCUUCUAAUAGCAGAAUAUAUUUAGGUCAACUUCACGAUAAUUUACAACUUUCUGCCAAUCGGCAAUGAACUUUCACUGUGUAGCAUCAAUGGGAAAUUUCUUUUUUUUUCUCCUGUAUUUGCAAAAAAAAAAUUCAAAUAAAAUUUUAGUAAACGUACCAUUUGCAGAUACUUUUUACCUCGUCGCCAGUUGUAGUGGAUUUACUGUUCGCACAGCGUUUUUAUUCUUCCCGUUUCAUUCUCUUUGUUGACAUCGCGAGGGGUGUUCCAGACCAAGAUUAUUAUAUUAAGGCGAAACCUACACAUAUUGCAGUUCCUGAAGUUGUAUAUUUUCUAAAACUGAAAUGUUUGAAGUUUCCAUCUUUUUUUUAUAUAUAUAUUUUGGAUAGCAGUGGAACGAGGUUCAAAUGAUUCAUUCUCGGUCCGAAGCACUUAAGGAUAAACCUCCAAUGUGAGGUAUUACAAGACGGGAAGAAUCUGCCCUUCCCAAUUCAACAAUAGCUUGCGCAAAACCACGACAACAAACAACGAAUAUAUAGAUUAUUUAUUCGAAAAGAGAAAGAUGUGAAAGGAAAUGUUCGAAAAAUGCAAAUCAUGAAGAAGUUCAACCGCCAUUAGUUUCACAAGCUGGCUUUUCUGGAGAAGACAAAAUACAAAGCAGAAACUAAUGAAAGGACACAAUACUAUAACAUUUACACAGACACACAUACACAAGCGUUAGGGACAGACCCUCCAAAAAUACCAGAAAAAUUCGCUGCAAACAAGGUUGUCAAUUUUUGUAGAGGUUCGACUUUUAUUUUUAUACGAAACUUUUGACUUAGCGGCAUUUGCUUAAUUUUACUCGGUUUGCUCGGUGUGUGGUGGGACUGAGAGAAUGGAUGUGUUUGACAAAUUGAGUGCAUGUGAUCGAUGCGAGAGACCGAGUGGCAGUUUGGAAUGAAUACACGUGAACACGAACAGACACACAUACACGCACCUGCUCGAACGUAAAAACUGGGAAGAAACAAAAAAACCAUAUGAUUGGUAAAGUUGACAAAUAAUUUUUAGCGUAGGAAUUUGUUAUUUUAAGCAAACGUGAAGCCAAAGCAAGGAAAACGGAGGCAAACGGUUUUUUAUAUUCUGAUUAUUAAAAAGUAAAUCCAAUCCCCCCAGAAAAUAUUACAAAAACCUAGUGAAGAAGAAACGUGAAAAUGAAAACUAGAGCACUAAAAAGCAAGUGAAUCGAAUCAUUUUGUUUGCGUGCCCGGUGAAGGUCUUUACUGGAAUGUGUUUACGGUGAGUGUUCAAUUUAUUUAGCAAACAGAACAAAUACAAAAAUAAAACACACACAAACGAAGAAAGAAUGCUCAACUUGGGUAGAAGAUCGGUGCAUCCCGAGAGGAGGAAUACAAAAUGUUGUUAUUAGAUUUAUACACGUGAAUAUCAUUGAAUUUGCUCAUCAUUAGUGUCAACACGGUUUUUGUAUUUCGUUGAGUUGAGUCGAGUUGAAAGAAACUCCCAUAAGCGCAGAAGAGAUAGCGGGAAAUGAACAAAAAAAAAACGAAACGGAGGUGAAAAGUAAUAAGAAAGAAAAAAAAAACUGUAUAAAAACGCAGCACUUGGAACACCUUAUAAUAAAUGUUAACAUUAUUAGAGUAAAGUAAUAUAAUUAUUAAAAUUGAAUUAAAGGAGCAUAUAUUGAACUUAGGAUAAUUUAAAUAACUAAUUUAAAAUAAAGAAGAGAAUAUCCUACGGGAUAUGGACAUGGAGGUUAAACGAAUGGAAACUAAGCAUUAAAAAACCGUGGAUGGAAAGUAGGUGUAAUAGUUUGGUAAACUGUAUUAAACAACCAAUGAACGAAAAAUGUUGUCAACUAAUGAAGUCUUGAAAGAAUAUAAACUGGAAUAAACCAAAAAAAAACCGUCACGCCUCGCGAGGACAACUCGCGUCCGGCGGACAACUAAUAACCCAAGAAUAAAAGUAAACUAUGUUUGUGUACUUAAUUAAAAGCCAAUUUUAAACCAAACCAGAACAAGAAGAAGAAAAAACCACGAACAGAGAAAAUGCAUCUAAUAAACGUUGGAGUGUAAACUUUGUACACACACUAAUACCAAAAUCAGCCGAAUAAAUAAAAAAGAAGUAAU